AUGGACAUGGAGGACUACGCGGAGCUACCACUUGACCCCACAGUCUCAAGACUCUUCGUCAACGAUCUAAAACAUUUCAAGGGGUACGAGCGCCUAGGCUCUCGUUUCAAGAAGUUUUGGGAAAAACACCUGAGCUAUGGAGUUGGAGGCGCAGAGCCAUCGAAGACAUACCUUGGGGCAUUUGUACAGAAGUUGUGCGACUCUAUGCUCGGCCCUCAACACUGGAUGGUUAGGGCCGAUCAAGGCAGAUUCUGGAACGACCCAGUCGACUACCAUUCACAGAGUACAAGCAAACUUGCGUUUCUUCAGGUGCUUGGAGAUAUUGAUGUGGAUUCUUACCGGUCCUGGAACGGCGCACUCCACUUGGAGAACAGUUCCAGCCUUCUAACAUUACCCACACUCAAGUCGUUUGAGGGACGAGGCAUAGUAGGAAGCUUCGGACCUUACAACAAAAACCUUCACUCCAAGCUUCCACUGACCCAUCUACGCAAUCUUGAACUUGAGCACUGCAAAAUUGACUUGAGACAUCUGAAAGCCCUUCUGGAGUCAUGCUCCGAGCUUCUAUCACUGAAGGUGGACUGCCCUCACGCUUUUGGUCGACACGCUUUGGGCCCAGAUUCUACCAACAUCAAUCUUACGAAAACGCUGGAGCCAAUGUCCAAUACACUCGAACGUUUGACAAUGGUGCUCUUCGGAGACGUCAUUGUCAAACCACUUGAUCUGCGCUCCUUUCGAAAACUUCGCUACCUUGAGGUUGAACAAGGUCUUCUGCUUCACAAGAACUCACCGUACCUGCAUGAAAUUCUCCCAGGCAGUAUCGAGCAUGUCAAGAUCCGAGGCGCGAACGGACACUACCUGACGCAUGUGGACUCGUCGUUUUCUGCUCUCGAACUGAAUCGAUUUUCAUUCCCGCACCUGAACACAUUGACUUCGUCACAUUACGAGUAUGAUGACUGCCUGGAGGAGAUGUUGUGUGAUCGAUACCACGGGUAUGGAGACGAGGACAUAGAUUCGUUUGAGCGUGCGGAGAGAUUAGAUGUUGAGCUGACCGUCGAGUAUGAGCUCUAUCCGUGUGAAAUUGAUAGUGAUGAGGAUCAUUAG